GGGCUUCCUGGGUGUUGGCUGUCCACGCUCCAGCUCUCCAAAUUCCUGCAGGAACGGUGCAAAGCUCAAAGUGAAACAUUCCUUCCACGCAUCUGCUGGCAUUCGCAGCACAGGUUGCCAGGACCCUUAGGAUGAGGCUGCUGUGAGGAGUGGCAGACCCACUGCCCGCACUGCCGUGCCUGCACGCCCCACGUCCCCCCUCCGGCUGGAGCGCCGUCCGAGAGCCGCCGGGCAGAAUGACUGUUGGAUGUGUCCCGCAGCCCCCGUUCCUGGGGAGGACUUUGCUCCCAGUGCUGCUGCUCGCAGCCUCAGCUCGCUGCCACUGGCCCAGCGAGCCGGCAGAAGUGGUGCGGGACUGGGAAAACCAGCUGGAGGCCUCCAUGCACUCCGUGCUCUCGGACCUCCGAGAGACUGUGCCGGCCGUGGUGGGGAUACCAGACAGCUCCGCCGUGGUGGGCCGCUUCUUCAGAGUCUCCAUCCCCACAGAUUUAAUUGCUUCCAAUGGAGAAGCAGUCCAGGUCUCCGAAGCUGGGAAGGAGUCUUUGCCUUCGUGGUUACACUGGAAUGCGGAGAGCAGCUCCCUGGAAGGGCUGCCCCUGGACACGGACAAGGGCGUCCACUACAUCUCGGUGACCACGCUGCAGCCCUUCCCCAACGGCAGCUACGUGCCGCAGGCCGCCAACGUCUUCUCCGUGGAGGUGCACCAGGAGGACCACAGCGAGCCGCAGUCGCUGCGAGCGGCAGCCCAGGAGGCGGGCGAUGCCGCGCCGUUCGUGUGCGGUGCGGAGGAGCCGGUCACCAUCCUGACCGUCAUCCUGGACGCCGAUUUGACAAAAAUGACACCAAAGCAGAGGAUCGAACUUUUAAACAGAAUGAGGAGCUUCUCAGAGGUGGAGCUUCACAACAUGAAGUUGGUUCCUGUUGUAAAUAACAGACUCUUUGACAUGUCGGCCUUCAUGGCUGGGCCGGGAAACGCAAAGAAGGUGGUGGAAAACGGGGCCUUACUCUCGUGGAAACUGGGCUGUUCUUUGAGCCAAAACAGCGUCCCCAACAUCAGCAAGGUCGAGGCCCCGGCGAAAGAAGGGACUAUGUCUGCCCGCCUCGGCUACCCUGUGGUCGGCUGGCACAUCGCUAACAAGAAACCUCACCUCCCAAAAAGGAUGCGACGGCAGAUCAACGCCACCCCCACGCCUCUGACCGCCAUCGGACCCCCCACCACCGCCGCUCAAGAGCCACCGACGCGGAUCGUCCCCACCCCGACGUCGCCCGCCAUCGCUCCCCCCACGGAGACGACGGCCCCGCCGGUCAGGGAGCCCAUCCCGCUGCCGAGGAAGCCUACGGUCACCAUCAGGACGAGGGGCCCCAUCGUGCAGACGCCCACGCUCGGGCCGAUCCAGCCAACCAGGCUGGUGGAAGGCACUGGGACGGUCUCCGUGCCGAUUCGCCCCACCGUGCCCGGCUACGUGGAGCCCACCGCGGUGAUCACGCCGCCCACCACCACCACCAAGAAGCCCAGAGUGUCCACUCUGAAGCCUGCCACGCCGUCCACCACGGAUUCCUCCACGGCGACGACACGCAGGCCCACCCGCAGGCCCAAGACGCCCCGUCCCACGAAGCCUCCCAGCACCACCCGCUCCACGAUCUCCAAGCUGACCACCGCCUCCCCGCCCACCCGCGUGCGCACCACGGCCAGCGGCGUCCCCCGGCCCUGGGAGCCAAACGAGCCGCCCAAGCUGACGAACCACAUCGACAGGGUGGACGCGUGGGAGGGGACUUACUUCGAGGUGAAAAUACCCUCGGAUACUUUCUACGACAAGGAGGAUACCACCACUGACAAGCUGCAGCUGACCUUGAAGCUGAAGGAGCAGCAAAUGAUCGAGGAGAAUUCGUGGGUCCAGUUCAACAGCACCAGCCAGCUCAUGUACGGCAUGCCGGACCGCAGCCACGUGGGGAAGCACGAGUACUUCAUGUACGCCACCGACAAAGGGGGGCUGUUUGCCGUGGACGCUUUUGAAAUCCACGUCCACAAACGCCCGCACGGGGACAAAUCCCCGGUGAAGUUCAAGGCCAGGCUGGAAGGAGACCACAGCGCGGUGGCGAACGACAUCCAUAAGAAGAUCAUGCUGGUGAAGAAGCUGGCCCUGGCGUUCGGCGAUAGGAACAGCAGCACCAUCACGGUGCAGGACAUCGCCAAGGGCUCCAUCGUGGUGGAAUGGACCAACAACACGCUGCCUCUGGAGCCCUGCCCCCGCGAGCAGAUCCGGACUUUGAGCAAAAAGAUCGCGGAUGACUCCGGGGGGCCGAGCCCGGCUUUCUCCAACAUCCUGCAGCCGGAGUUCAAACCCCUGAACGUGUCGGUCGUGGGCUCCGGGAGCUGCAGGCACAUCCAGUUCGUCCCCGUGACGAAGGACGGCAGGGUGAUCUCGGAGGCGACGCCGACGCUGGCGGCUGGGAAGGACCCCGAGAAGAGCAGCGAGGACGAUGUGUACCUUCACACCGUCAUCCCCGCCGUGGUGGUGGCCGCCAUCCUGCUGGUGGCCGGCAUCAUCGCCAUGAUCUGCUACCGCAAGAAGAGGAAAGGGAAGCUGACCAUCGAAGACCAGGCCACGUUCAUUAAGAAGGGCGUGCCCAUCAUCUUCGCCGACGAGCUGGACGACUCCAAGCCCCCGCCGUCCUCCAGCAUGCCCCUCAUCCUGCAGGAGGAGAAAGCCCCGCUGCCCCCCCCGGAGUACCCCAACCAGAGCAUGCCCGAGACCACGCCGCUCAACCAGGACACCAUCGGGGAGUACACGCCGCUGCGGGACGAGGACCCCAACGCGCCGCCCUACCAGCCGCCCCCCCCCUUCACCGCUCCCAUGGAGGGGAAGGGCUCCCGCCCGAAGAACAUGACCCCCUACCGCUCCCCGCCGCCCUACGUCCCCCCUUAACGAACGGGACGCUCUCGGGGGGGGAGACGGGGCCUCCGGUCCCACACCGGUGCCGCCUGCGGGCCGGCCGCCCCCUUGCCGGCCGGGAAGCCGACAUCCCAGCCCGCUCCCGAGCAGGGCCCCCCUCUGGCUGCGCCCACCGCGCCGGAGCGCCCGCGGAACCCGGGGGGACACUUGUUUUCUUUUUGCCUAACAAAGCUUUGGUUUUAUUUUAUUCAUAGAAAAAUUCUCAGCUCGAAACCGCCUUUCUGGCGGCGGGGCUUCCGGGCACGGCCGGGGCCGGCACGGAGGGCAGGGAGGGGGGGACGAGCAGGCAGCACUGGGGUGGCACUCUGGGUCUCCGCUGUUUGCCUUUAACACUAACUGUACUGUUUUUUCUAUUCACGUGUGUCUAGCUACAGGACGUAACAUGAAAGGUAGCCUAAAAAAUAAUUAAAUUCAAGGGACUUUCUGAAGUCGAUGUUUUAAGUUUUUACAUUUAAUCUGCUGUUUACCUAAACUCAUGUAUAGUUCUGGGGGCGGAGGGGGGGGGGGGUGUUGGGGAGGGGGUGUUGGGGUUGGGGUGUGGCAGGCUUAGGUAGAGGGUGGCCACGGAGGACGGCCGGCCCUGGCGCUGGGGGCAGAGGGGCUCCGGCUUUGUUGGGUUGAUUUCGGUUUUUAAUCAAAGCAAUCCUGUUUUUCUCGCAUCACAACACGGCGUGGGGGUCAGCCCGGUGCGGGGGCACCGGCGGGAGGUGAGGUGGAGAGCCGACCCCUGGGCGUGGGGUGUCCGGGAGCCGGGGGGGGGGUCCCCGCAAGCACGGGGUGUCCAUCGCCGGGACUUCUCGUGGGGGGCGGUGCCGGGUGGGCCGCGUGGCUGCGCGCAGCGGGCUGGGGGCUGCCAGCAGGGAGAGGUGGAAGGGAUAGAAAGAAAAGGGAAAAGAGAGAAAGAAAGUAAAAAAAAAGGACAAAAAAAAAAAAAAAAAGGGGAAAAAAAAAAAACAAGGAAAAAAGCGCCAGGAACAGCGAACGGCCGGAACCAUCGGGGAAGUCUCGGAUCUAAUUUUUUUACUAAAUUUUUGAUACAGCCUCAAAUUGUUUUAUUAAAAAAGAAAAAGCAUUAAAGAUGGGUAACGCUGA